GCGCGGUAGGAUAAUCCGAUAUAUAGUUAUCCCCGAAAUAUACUAUGUAUUAUGUAAAUGUUCUUGAUCGCCAAAUUUAGCAGUACUGUACUAUAGUUUGAAUCUGUCAUCUUGCCUGCCUGGGUUGCUAUAAAUUCAUAACCCAUUUUUAGUUUUGAGUCCUUCGCCUCCACGAAAUCUCGUCUCCACCUAUGAAUACCUAUAAACACUUAAUUUAAAAUCUUAUCUGAAAACUCGGUGAGUGGAAUCGCCGAGUCAGCUGACCCCAGGAUGACUCGGCGCUGCUCUCACUGCAGCAACGACGGCCACAACUCCCGGACGUGUCCGUCCAGGGGUGGCCCCGCCGCCGCCGCCGCAGGUGGCAGCGUUCGCCUUUUCGGGGUCAGGCUUACGGAUGGGUCGAUCAUGAAGAAGAGUGCUAGCAUGGGGAACCUGGGCUCCUUCAUGAAGAAGAGUGCGAGCAUGGGGAAUCUCUCCUCCUCCGCCGCCGCCUCGCCCAACCCCGGCGGCUCUCCUUCUUGGGAUGUUCUCCGGGAGCCCGCCCACUCCACCGAUGGGUACCUCUCCGAUGAUCCGGCUCAUGCUUCUUCUUCUACCAAUCGCCGGGCUGAGAGAAAGAAAGGUGUUCCGUGGAGCGAGGAAGAGCACCGGCUUUUCCUGCUUGGUCUACAGAAGUUGGGCAAAGGAGAUUGGCGGGGCAUAUCACGCAACUUUGUUACCACGAGAACACCCACCCAGGUAGCUAGCCAUGCCCAGAAGUAUUUUAUCCGCCAUAGUAAUGCUACUCGGAGAAAGAGGCGUUCUAGUCUUUUCGAUAUGGUUCCAGAUGCGGUGGCGAUAGAUCCCCAACCGAUGCCAGAAGAACAAUUUAUGCUCCCCCCGCAGGCCUUAGAAACCGAGACUGCAGAGCUGGUUCCUCCCGCUUCGAAGGCGGUGGAAACCGACUCCGCAGACUCGCUGCCUUCUUUAGAUCUCUCUCUCAAGCCCGAUGUUGAUUCCAUGGACGCCACUCCAACUGAGCUCGUUCAGGAAAAUUUUACAGUCACGACUGAAAUCCCGUUGGUCUAUCCACAGUUCAUCCCAGCUUACAUCCCUAUUCCGUUCCCAAUAUGGCCAUCAAACGCGGUUGCUCUGGAUGAAGAUAGAGGCGGCGCAGAGACCUCCCGCCAUCAGAUACUGAAGCCAAUUCCAGUAGUCCCGAAAGAACCCGUGAAUGUAGAUGAACUCGUGGGAAUGUCCCGACUGAGCUUAGGGGAAACGCGUUCCGGCCAAAAGGACCCUUUGCCCCUAUCGCUUAAGUUGACGGGAGAAUCAUCGAGGCAAUCGGCAUUUCAUGCUAGAACUCCUGACAACAGCUCAGGAAUUAGCAAGGGUGAAACUACUCCAAUCCAAGCACUCUGAGUGGUCUUGGAAGAUUGGCCAUUUAUGGUGUAAUUACUCCUUUGUCUUUUCAAUUCCUUCCCCUUUGAGCAUCACAGCCUAGGAUUUGUCAAAAAGACAUGAAAUAGGAUUUUAUCAAGCAAGAUAUUCUUGUCCUUUCUUGUAAUUUGUAAACAAUCUAGGAACUGAUAAUUUGGUCGUGAAAUAAACUUUUCACUGCUAAAAUUCAUUUCUUUAGUCUAUGAAUGUGUUUUACCUUGCGGAAA